AUGGGGGAUGUUGAAGACCCUUCAAUGGGUUUGAAUAAAAUGCUUCAUGGUGGUGCUACGGCUAAAGACGGCGGCAAAAUGUCAACAAAAUCAAUCUCAACCUCAUCUAGUGGAUGUGAAACCCCAAUUGAACAUCAAACCCUAAAUCCACCACACCCAAAAAGGUACAACUCAGGAAGCACACAGUCCAGCUUCCAAAUGCACAAAACCCCUUUUCUUGAUUCACCCCCAAACCUUCUUCAAUUGCCAUCAUCAAUCAAGAAAACGUCAGCCAUUGAUGAGUUAGACCAUCAUCAUCAUCAAAGGAUCAUUGACCAGCUUUUCAAGGCAACUGAAAUGGUUCAAUCCGGGAACAAUCCAGUACUCGCGCAAUUGAUAUUGGUGCGACUCAAUCAUCAGCUUUCUCCGGUCGGUAAGCCUUUCGACCGGGCUGCUUUUUAUUUCAAGGAAGCUCUUCAAUUACUAAUUCAUUCAGUUGUCAACAAUAUGAAUUCUAUUGCUUCACCAUUUAGUUUGAUUUUCAAAAUUGGUGCUUAUAAAUCAUUCUCCGAGGUUUCACCGUUAGUUCAAUUCACCAAUUUCACUUGUAAUCAAGCAUUGCUUGAAGUCUUGGAUGGGUUUGACCAGGUGCAUAUAGUUGACAGAGGUUGA